AUGGUAAUAUUCUCUGGCCUUGCCAUUGGCUCAGACGGAUAUAACGCUGCCGUCAUUGGCAAUGUCGAGCUCCUGCUUGCUAUCCUGUACCCAGAAUCAUUGACUAGCUCCAUAUACACUCGCCUAUCCAAUGCAUUUCUGAUUGGCAUGAUCGUCGGCAUGUUGAUGUUCGGAGUCGUUGCCGACCAACUUGGCCGAAAGACUGGCGCUGUAGCAACCACCGCACUACUUGUCUUGGGCAUCGUGUUGUCAACAGCUGCAAAGGGCGAGACCGAUACUGGCAUGUUCUGGAUGCUGAUCAUCGCUCGUGGUAUUGCUGGUGUUGGCGCAGGCGGCGAAUACCCAGUCAGCGGAGCUGGCGCAACAGAAGCAUCCGAUGAGAACAAGGGCAUGCGCAAGCACCGCGGAUUCAUGUUCGCCAUGAUUGCUGAUCUCUCAGCCUCGCUUGGAUAUGUAUUCGGUGGUCUUGUACCCCUACUUCUCUUACUCUGUGUUGGUCAGAAGAAGGAACACUAUGAUAUCGUCUGGCGGCUCAGCUUUGCGCUCGGCUUGAUUCCACCAGUCUCGAUUUUCUGGUUCCGAUACAAGAUGGCGGUUUCGACUGCUUAUCGCAAAGCAUCGAUGAGACGGCAGAAGGUUCCGUACGUGCUGGCGAUCAAGCGUUAUUGGCGCCCUUUGCUCGGUGCUUCGUCGACUUGGUUCCUGUACAACUGGAUCGCCAUUCCAUUCGGCAUCUUCUCCGGCACCAUCACCAACCGCGUCAACGCCGGCGACUCACUGAUCACCAACCUCGGCUGGGGUGUCGUCAUCAACUGCUUCUACAUCCCAGGGCCGUUCAUCGGUGGUUACCUUUCGGACAAGAUUGGUCGUCGCAAGACCAUGGCACUCGGAUUUGCAAUGCAAGCUGUACUUGGCUUCGUCCUCGGUGGCGCAUAUCACAAGAUCGUACCCAUCUUCCCACUGUUUGUGGUCAUGUAUGGUGUUUUUCUGACCCUUGGAGAAGUCGGUCCCGGCUCGACAGUGGUACUCGCGUCAUCAGAGAGCUUCCCUACAGCUAUCCGUGGCCAGAUGAUGGGUCUUUGUUCAGCCAUCUCCAAAGCCGGUGCUGCUAUUGGAACUCAAGUGUUCAUACCGAUCACAUCAGGUGCAGGCGACCAAGGAGCCUUCCUGGUGGGAUCUGCUUUUGCUGUUCUGGGUGCACUGAUAGCAUUCUUUGUCAUUCCGGAUGUAGGCAGGAAGCUGGAAGAUGAAGAUGAGAACUGGAAAAAGUAUCUGGAGGAGAAUGGAUGGCUUGCUGACUGGGGUGACAAUGAGACGAAAGAUCCCAAGGGUGUUAUCAUCAACCAGAGAUCAUCUUAG